GCAAAUAGGAUUAACUUAGCCGACUAAUAAUUGCACUGGAAAAGCACAUGAAACUCCAAACAAGAUUUUAAGUGCUCAGUGACAAUGGCAGGCAGAAGAGUGGUCGUUUUUCCGUCCUCCGCAGAGCUCGGUCCGGCGCUGGCCAGCCUGGUAAUGUCCCGGGCAGAGAAGGCCAUCUCGUCCCGGGGCAGGUUCACCCUGGGCCUGUCCGGAGCGAGCCUUGUGUCCUUGUUGAGCAAAGAGCUGCUCGCUCUGCCUCAGUUGGACUGCAGCAAGUGGCUCUUUGCCUUUUGUGACGAGAGACUGGUUCCCUUUGAUGACCCAGAGAGCACCUGUGGCCUGUACGAGAAAUCCCUUUUCUCUAAGGCCAACAUUGCAGAUGGUGGCGUGUUGAAGAUAGAUCCAUCUCUACCUGUGGCUGAGUGUGCUGAGGAUUAUGGCAGGAAGCUUAAAGAUGCCUUUCCGGGAGAGAUCAUCCCAGUGUUUGACUUGUUACUGCUCGGUAUGGGACCUGAUGGACACACAUGUUCCCUCUUCCCAGAUCACCCUCUUUUAGGGGAAACUGAAAAGAUUGUGGCCCCCAUCAGUGACUCUCCCAAACCACCACCACAGCGAGUAACUAUGACCUUUCCAAUUGUGAAUGCUGCUCACUGUGCAGCUUUUGUAUCCACUGGAGGGAACAAAGCACCCAUUUUAAAGGAAGUGCUGGAGGGUAGAGAGGGUCCUGCACUGCCAGCAGCUCGUGUUGUCCCAGAGAAUGGAGAGCUGUUUUGGCUUGUCGAUGACCCGGCUGCGGCCUCUUUAACUUUACAAGUGGAAAGACCUGGUUCAGGGGCCAAACUAUAGCACUAAUAGCAGGCCAUAACUGACUCUAGACUUGGGAACUGUAAGCUUAAGGCACUGACAUUCCUCUUCUGUAAAAUAGAUAAAUAAUGUUACAACGUAAGAAAAUUGUGAUGUUUGUAAUUUUUUAAAAUAUCAUUAAAAGUAUUCAACGCAUUUACUACUGAGUUACAUUUU